AUGAACUUCACUAGAAAUAACUAUGUUAUCAACAUCAAUAAUAGAAGAUUUGGUUGCAAGAAAGAUAUCAAUGUCCAUUCUCUUCUUGUGAACUUUGAAUGCCGAAGAUGGGAUGAUCAUUUAGUUGAAGGCCAAGAUAAUGGGAAUGAAGUCCCACCAUUUGCCUGUUCUUUCUGCAAAGUGAAGGAUCACAGUAAUGUCUUGGCCAUAGCAGAUGAAGAUGGAUGUGUUGUUCUGUAUGAUACAAACAAGGCUAACCCGACUGCUUUAUUUAAAGAAUGGUUGGCCCACCAGAAUGCUAUCUUUGACAUAGCGUGGAUGGAAGGUGACAAGAAGCUUCUGACCGCAUCUGGAGAUCAGACAUGCGUCCUGUGGGAUGUCCUCCAAGAGGAGAAGCUAUCAGUUUUCAAGGGCCAUACAAGUAGUGUCAAGUCAGUGGAGUUCCGACCACAGGAUAAGUGCACCUUUGCCUCUGGUGCUAGAGAUGGGAAGAUAAUGCUGUGGGAUAACAGAUGUGGGUCUUUGGAGGGUGUCUCGCCUAUAAGUACUAUCAACUGUGCUCAUGGCCCUAUCAAUAAUUCAACUAGAAAGAAGCGAGCUCCUAAAAAGACUGGAGAGAGUGUACGUUUACCGAGUGUCACAGCUGUCCUGUUUCAGGAUGAGUAUAAUCUCAUAUCGUCAGGGGCAACAGACGGAAUAAUCAAAGUAUGGGAUAUAAGAAAAUUAGCGGGGAAUAGCAAAACUGACCCAAUGCCAAAAUUCUCAUUUCCAUAUGCAGGAAAUAGUAUCAGGAUGCAUGGGUUUUCAAGUCUUGUGUUGGAUGAGUCAAAAUCAAGGCUUUUUGCCAGCUGUACAGAUGACACAAUAUAUCAGUUCAACACUGCGAACUACUCUCCUAAACCAGAGGCCUGUUACAAAGGUCAUCAGAAUUCAACAUUCUAUGUCAAGGCAGCACUAAGUCCUGAGGAUAAGUUCUUAAUCAGUGGCUCCAGUGAUUAUCAUGCUUACAUUUGGGAUGUCAACGAACCCCAGGCCAGUCCUGUCCUCUUGAAAGGUCACGUUGGAGAGGUGACAAGUGUGGCAUGGUGUCCAACAGACUUUGGCAAGGUCUGCACAUUAUCAGACGAUAGCACAAUCAAAUUCUGGCGUUUGAAUCGCCGGCAGACACAGCCAGAGCCAAAUGAACUUGUUGGGAAAGCAGAAAGAUCUCAUCGGGAUAUCGGAACAUCAAUGAAUGGUGCUGAAAAUGUAAACAAGGACAUCAAGCAGUACACACAGUCAUUCGAAAAAUGUGGAAAUACUUCAAACAAACUUACUGAUUUAUCAUCUGGUGCUAGUGGUGCUACAGGUAAACUGGUGAUCCACCCAUUUCCACAGUUCAGUAACAUUGGAAAAUCACCCAGCACAAUCAAAGACUGGAUACAAAAUUUCUCAAAAAUGUCUGCAAAAUCACCAAGAAAAUUUGUGCCUGCGUCCCCAAGGAGAUUGCUUAUUUCUCCGAGGAAAUUCGUUCAUCCUGUUCCAGAAAGUUCAAAAGGUGCAGUGCCCUCUAAAGGUGUCAAACGGAAACUUAUCGAUAUGGAUACCGGGAGUUCUUCCCCAGAUCAAAACCGAGGGAAAGUGCGCAAAUUAGAGGAGGGUGACAAACAGGCCUUGAGUCCUGUUGUAGACAAUUCUAUGCGGACAGAAAAGGAUUGUAAAACCCCUGUACGCAAAGUGAAACUGAACUUUAACGAUCCGUCCUUUGCCUCACCGACUAGCAAUCUCCCAAACUACAUUCUCGACCCCCAGCCCAGGGCCCCCUGUGCUUCUCCAAGUACGAAUGGAAAAGAAAACAGUGUUAGUCCUGGUGAAUGGAAGAAAACUUUCUCCAAGCAGCAAAAGAGUCGAGUUACACCCAAACGAAGUGAUUCACCUAGAUUGAGCAGACGUGUGUCUCGUACUUCUUCCAAUCCUAGCAGUCGCCCUGGAUCACCUGCACUGGGGAAGAGUCCAGCUGCCAAUAAGAAGAGUAUUCUGGAUUACUUCUCACCAAAAGGCAAAAAGUGAUGUGUGACCACCGAGACAUGUUUCAGUCUUGUCUAGUUCCGUGGACAUUUCCUGUUUCUCAACUUUAUCAUGUUAGACGGCUAAGCCAAUGGCAACAUGAACUGUGGGCAGACGCAAAAUCUUAUCAAUUCAAAAUGAGUUUUUGGUGAAAGGUAUACAUGGAGAUGUUGCCGAAUAUCCAUACUUUGAGCCAAAAAGAGACGUUAUCAAAGAGUGAUGAAGAAUUGCAGUUAACGAGAUAUGAUGGUAUUUAGUCAUGAAUACUCGAAGCUGCAGCAUCUCAAUUUUUAAACUAAGAAAUGUAUGAUUUGAUAAUAGAUACACAGAGUCA